AUGUCGACUUGGCAAAAGAUUCAAAAGUCUUCAAGUUUUUCUUCUUUUUUCAUUUCUUUAUUGCUACUUGUUGCUUUGUUAUUUAUGGCCUCAUCACUUCCUUGGUAUGGCAAUUGUUAUAGCCUUUCGGACAGUAGUGAAGUCUCUUCUAUUCGAGAUUAUCGCAGUUUACCUGUAGAGUCUCCCCUUGAUGUAGAUAAAUUGGAAAAUUAUUUGAAUGAAAGGAGUUUGCGUUUAGGAAAUAUGAUAAAUACAAGUUUUGCAAAAUUUGUGAAGGGGAUUCCUGCAAAGGAUGGCAAUUGGUGUGAACGAAUGGGUAAUGGCAAACUUGACAGUGAAGAACAUAAAAAAUUGGAAGGAUGGGCUUUUGCUGAUGAUGACAAAACUUUGUUUGCAGAAUUGGCAAAAAGCGGGGAGGUUGUCAGUCAACGUUCAUUAUACAAACUUACAAACAUGAAGCUUGUUAUUUUAUUUUUAAGAUGUACUCGCCUUAAAGAAAAGUUUCCUUUUAUUGAUGAACCUCUUUCAGAAGAAGAAAAGGAAUUUCCACUUGCUUAUGGCAUUCUUGUGUAUAAAUCGGCUUUCCAAGUUUACAUGAUGAUGAGUGCUAUUUAUCAUCCGCAGAAUAUUUAUUGUGUUUCGAUUGAUGAAAAAUCAACUAAAGAAUUUAAAGAUUCAAUGUUAUUGCUUACUGACUGUUUUCCGAAUAUUUUUGUUAUGGUAGGGUUUAAUCUAGUCCAAAAAAUUAUUUUAAAGGCAAGUGUAAACCCUGUUGGUUGGUGUGAAUUUGGAGUAGCUCGUUCGCUUUAUAAUUGCUUUCGUUAUUUGACUGAACAUAAGCAUGACUGGAAAUAUUUUCAAGUUAAAUAA